AUGUUAAUAAGUAGAAGAUUACCAGUGGGAAUGAAUAAAACAUUAAAUGCUGUUAAAAAAUCGUCUAGCACUCUACCAGAUAAUUACGAUCCGAAAUAUGUCGAAGAAGGAUGGUACGAGUGGUGGGAGUCCAAUGGUUUUUUUUUGGUAAAUAAUGAAAAGGCCAAAGUACUGUCAAACAGUAAACGUUUCACAAUGGUUCUUCCUCCCCCUAAUGUGACUGGGUCACUGCAUAUUGGCCACGCGUUAACUAUUGCAAUACAGGAUUGUUUGGCUAGGUGGAAACGAAUGUGUGGCCAUCAGGUACUAUGGAUCCCUGGUACGGAUCAUGCCGGGAUAGCAACCCAAUCAGUAGUAGAGAGAAGGCUAUUCAGUGACAAAGGAUUGACUAAAAAUGACAUUGGUCGUGAAGAAAUGGUGAAGCUGAUUUGGGAGUGGAAGCACACUUACGGUAGCACAAUCUGCAACCAGAUCAGACGAAUGGGCGCCUCUUUAGACUGGUCCAAGGAAACUUUUACUUUAGAUCCAUUGCGUUCUGCCGCAGUUACCGAAGCUUUCAUGCGGUUUCAUCAUGCGGGAAUUCUGUACCGAGAUGCCAGGCUAGUCUGCCUAAGUCCAGCACUUGCAACCGUUAUCUCCGACAUAGAAGUGAAUACAAUGGAGGUGGAUAAGCCAAAAAGGAUUGUUAUACCUGGGUUUGAUGCAUCCGUUGAAUUUGGCUAUCUGUGGAUUUUCAAGUACUACAUCCAAGAUUUCGAUGAAUUCAUACCAGUGGCCACGUCACGCAUAGAGACCAUGCUUGGUGAUGUAGGUAUUGCAGUGCAUCCUACAGACUCGAGGUAUAGUCACUUUGUGGGUAAAAAACUGGUCCAUCCCUUCAUACCAGAUAGGCAUAUGAUUGUAAUUGCCGAUGAGAGUGUGGACAAGGAAUACGGUACAGGUGCCGUUAAGCUGACCCCUGCGCAUGAUAAGAACGAUUUUGAGAUAUGUAAGAGACACAACUUGCCCCUAAUAUGCAUUUUUGAUAUGAAAGGUCACAUAAGUUCUGUGUCACCUGAAUUUGAUGGACUCCACCGUUUUAAGUGUCGCGAAGUAAUUGAGCAAAAGCUAACGGAUUUGGGUCAUUUAUUGGACAAGGUACCUAACCCUAAGCCUAUGCAAAUACCUAUUUGUUCCAGGUCUGGUGAUGUGAUAGAGUAUACAAUUUUACCCCAGUGGUGGAUCAACUGUAAGAAUCUAGCAAAAAGAGCAAUUGAGGCUGUGGAAACAGGAGAUCUUGAAAUAAUACCAAACAAUUAUGUAUCUGUGUGGGUGCGAUGGCUCGAAAAUAUCCAAGAUUGGUGUAUAUCAAGGCAGCUGUGGUGGGGGCAUCGCAUACCGGCUCAUCAAAUAAUUCUCGACGGUAGGCCAACAGGUAAAUGGAUUAUCGCCUACGACCAAAAUGAUGCCAUUGACCAGCUUAAAUCCAUAGGUUAUAGCGAUAAGGAGAAGGCUUCACUUUUGCAGGAUGAAGAUGUGUUAGAUACUUGGUUUUCAUCAGGAUUAUCCCCACUAUCAUCCCUGGGAUGGCCUAAAGAGACUGAAGAUUUUCAAUUAUUCUUCCCAACUACCGUUCUAGAAACCGGUAAUGACAUUCUGUUUUUCUGGGUCGCUAGAAUGGUGAUGAUGAGCCUGCAUCUUGUGGGGAAAUUGCCGUUUAAGAAGAUCUACUUGCAUCCUUUGGUACGAGAUGCAAAAGGGGAGAAGAUGAGCAAGAGUAAGGGUAAUGUCAUUGACCCCCUUGAAAUAUCAGAUGGCAUAUCUUUGCAGGGUUUGCUAGAUAAGCUGAAAAAUUCAAAUUUGCCCAAAGAAGAAAUUAAGAGGGCAACUGAAGAGGCAAAAAAAAACUUCCCCGAUGGGAUUCCCUCCUGUGGCUCUGAUUCCCUAAGAUUGGGAUUAUUAGAGCUUAGCAGACAAAGUAAAGCUAUUUGUUUGAAUAUUUCAAAGAUCGUGGCUUGCAGGCACUUUUGCAACAAACUUUGGAAUGCAGUAAAGGUCCUGAAUAAUUACAAACAUGCAUUUCCUACCCAUCAAGAGAUGGGGUUUAGGCUACAGUUUGAAGACAAUUGGAUCCUACACAGACUGUACAUAUUUAGCAAGGUUGCUAAUGAAAGUCUUGAACAAUUCAACUUUUCAGAUAUGGUGCAAUCGAUUUAUCAAUUCUGGUUGUACGAUUUUUGUGACAUUUAUUUGGAACUUAUCAAGGUUAGGUUGGUUAAUUCUUGUCGUGUGGCUGCAUGGAUCGCGCUUUUUUGUAUGGAUAACGGGUUGAGAUUGAUCCAUCCAGUUAUCCCAUACUUGUCUGAACAAUUGUACCAGCAAUUACCCUUGAGUUAUCGUGAAAAGCCAUCCAUUAGCAUAUCAACAUAUCCUCAACCAGCUAUGGGUUGGACUUCUAACACAUUGACAUCUAUGGAGAUGGUGAAGGAGAUUACCCAUGCGUUGCGUUCAUUUGCCACUCUGCUUGGUUUUGACCAGAGUACUCAAAAAAUAUGCUAUAUUGCUUUUUUGGCGAAUGACAUAGCUGAUGGUGAUGCUGGCAAUAACAUAAUUUGUCCAAGUUAUUUGUAUCCCUCGUUGAAUUGCAUUAAAAUACUUUCCAAGUUUGAUAGCGUCUCUUUGCUUGAUACAGACGACGUGUGUGAAUGCAUCGCUAAUAAUGUAAAUAGCCGUAUAAACGUUUACGUUAAAAUAUCGCAUUUGGGUUUGGAUAGGGUGAAGAAGAUCAGGGAUAAACUCACUAACAAACUCAACAAGGUCGAAAAUAUGCUUGGGGGGUAUAUGAAGAAACUACAGGCCAGUGACUACGAUAAAGUUCCUGGAAGUAUUAAACAGUUGAAUGACGAAAAGAUCAGGGAAUUGUCUACCAGCUUAAAUGAGCUUAAAAGUGCCAUAAAGCAGCUGGACCUUGUAAAGACAAUCUAG